CCCGCCUCCUCGAAGUUUCUUGGGCGCCCGGCGGCCGGCGGGACAGAGCGUAGCGAGCCGCCGCCCGGCCCGCGCUGAUGGAUCCCGUUGAGCCCGCGCGGACCGGGCAGUGAGUGGCGCGGCGGCCGGACCUCAGCGCGCUGAGUGCCAUGGAGGAGGAGGGCAUGAAGGAGGGUUGCGAGAAGCCUCAUGGAGCACGGACAGCAGACAAGUCUGGUUGGAUCAAGAAGAGCAGUGGGGGCCUCCUGGGCCACUGGAAAGAUCGCUAUCUGCUCCUCCGUCAGGCCCAGUUGCUGGUCUAUGAGAACGAGGAUGAGCAGAAGUGUGUGGAGACAGUGGAGUUGGGCAGCUAUGAGAAGUGCCAGGACCUCCGUGCCCUCCUCAAGCGGAAACACCGCUUUAUCCUGCUGCGAUCCCCAGGGAACAAGGUCAGUGACAUCAAAUUCCAGGCACCCAGCGGGGAGGAGAAAGAGUCCUGGAUCAAAGCCCUCAAUGAAGGGAUCAACCGAGGCAAGAACAAGGCCUUUGACGAGGUGAAAGUGGACAAGACCUGCGCCCUGGAGCAUGUGACGCGGGACCGGGUACGCGGGGGCCAGCGGCGGCGGCCGCCCACCAGGAUCCACCUGAAGGAGGUCGCCAGUGCAGCUUCCGAUGGGCUUUUACGCCUGGACCUUGAUGUGCCAGACAGUGGCCCACCAGAGUUUGUGCCCAGCAGUGAUGUCAGUGCGGCCCAGCCCCAGCCCCGGGCGGCACUCAUGCCUCCUACCAAGCCUUCCCCAGAGUCUGAGACCACCAGCCUCUGUGACAGCGUGGAGCCCCCUGCCGCGGAGAGGCCCCCAACCCCCAUCUCAGCAAGUGCCGAGGCCCAGCCUGAGAGCCCCUCGGACUCCAAGAACCCCACAGAGGAGGACAGUGGGUCUGAAGAGCCGCCCAUCAACACCUUGGCUGACAAACUGAAGGUGAGCUGGGAGAACCCCAGCCCCAAAGAGCCUGCUGCUCCUAAGGAGCCCCCUGCUCCCCCGAGUGUGGAACUGUCCCCUGGGCCCUGUUCGAAGACUUCAGACGCCCCCCGCCGGGAGAGUCGGAGGCCCCCCACACCUCCACCCAAGAUCUUAUCGGAGAAAAUGAAGGCCUGCUUGAGCCGGGUGGAAGCUUCUGGGCCCACCCAGAGUCUAGGGACCCCUGAGCCCUCAGCCCCCACCGCUGCCCACAUUUCUGUGAAUGGUGUGGAUGAUGGGCCCGAGUCCCCCAAGCCCUCCCCAGAUUCGGGCACCCCAGGAACUGCUCCAGAAGAGGCAGCAGUGUCCCUAGCACAGCCUCACCAGGACCUAUUACCUCAGUUCCAUCCCCGCUGCUCCUCCCUGGGGGACCUGCUUGGAGACGGCUCCCAGCAUCCUCGGCGACCCAAGAAUCGGCUGUUCCGAGCCCAGCUGGAGGUGCAGGUGGCCUCAGAGCAGACAGAGAGACUGCUGAGCGAGGUGCUGGGCAGCCAGUCACCCCCGGCAAACACCGAGACCCUGCUGAGCCAAGCUGUGGAACAGCUGAGGCAGGCCACCCAGGUCCUGCAGGAAAUGAGGGAUUCAGGAGAGCCUGGCCAGGAGGCCCCCUGCCUCAGGGAGAAGCGGAAGGAGCUGGUGAUGCUGUACCGGAAGAGUGCUCCCUAGGCUGUUCAGGCCCGGCCCUGCUGAGCAACAAGCAACGUGCUCUGCAGCCCGGGCACUAAGAGGGCAUUGUGUGAGUAGGAUUUGGCCAGGACUGGACCUUGUAUCCUGCCAGUCUGCCCAGCUUGGUGCCAGGGACACCCGAGUCACUGUGUGGCUCUCUGGUCUGGCCUUGCCCCAGGGCUCUGGGCUGCGGCCGGGAGCACAUGCUCAGCCUGAGUGCCUCAGAGUUGUUCCACACCAUCCCAGGGCUCUGGCACUGUGCUGGGGGCUCUGGGGGUGGCAUGGCCUCUGCUCCCCACCCCUAGUAGUUUACAUUCCUGACUUCCGAAUAGACCACAGCUGAGCCCCGGUCUCCAGACACCCUGGGCUGACCACCUCCUCCCGCAGCUGCAGUUUCCUGGGCCCAGCUUCAGGGCCGGCUGGGUCUAAGCCGGUGGGAAGCCUCUGAGUGAGGAAGCAUUGGCUACCUUGAGGCCCUCCGUGUGCCUGCUUCCUUUCCUAGGGCCCUGUCCCUUUGGGGCUGUGACUGGAGGCUCAGGUCUGGGGGAUUCGGGGAGAAGAGGAACCCACGGGUCUCCUGGUUUAGUCCACUCCUGGACCAGCCUGUGUUCAGCCUUGCAUACUCUGGAGGACUGGUGUCACCAAGCAGACAGCUGUGUGUAACUCAUCAAUUCAGGCUUCAGGAUGCCCUCCCCGUCCUGUGCUUCCCUGGUGAGAUCCAGUGGGAUCUCUUGGUUCCUCCUUGGCCCAGACUGCUGUAGUGUCCCAGUCAUUUCCUCACAUGCUGCCCCGAGGCCACCCCCAGGCCCAGGCCCCUGGUGGGCUGCCUGUCCUUAUUUCCCAUUAGGAGGAGCCUUUUCUCCCCAUGUUGCUCCCUUCCCAGUGCCCUCUCUGUCCCGUCCCUGGCUCUGGGAGCACCUGUGGGCCUGGGGUGGAGCCUGGCUGGGGGGCAAGUGUGUGUUGGGGGGCAGACCCGGAGGUCUCUGCAUGUGCACUUUUGUUUACUAGAGGAGAAGGAGAUCACUGCAGCCUGUCCCGGCCUUUCUGUCACCAGUCGUGCCCACUGAGCCCUGCCAGUGCAGGCCACCGCCAUCCUUGCUGUACUGUCACCUUGUUCUGGGAAGUUGUGGACAGGGGAGGAGGGGCAGACGUGAGCCACACUGCCAUGGUUCACACCCCCCUAGCAGCCUCCCCAGGCCGAAGUCUUCCUGUCCCCUGUCUGUCCUGUAUGAGAGCAGGAGCGUCACCAGGUGCUCACUGUCACAUGAACCUUGCCACCUUCUCUUAGGAAGAACCUUGCUCCACCAGCAAACAAGUCACCUGGAUCUAAGAAUUGGAGCCUUGGUGUCCCCUGUCAGAUGGUGGCCGGGUGGGGCUGCCUUCCACCUCCUUGGGGAGGAGGCAGUGUCUUUUGCUUAUGAAAAGCCUUUCUUGAAGUUUGGCAAUAAAUCCCUUUUUAUGGAA